AUGGCAUCCGAAUUUAUACCUCCUAAGCCCUCCUACGAGACUCCUUGGAAUGACCGCGAUAUCCAGGCCCGUACCGGCCGCUUCGCCGCCUCCAUCACCCUCGAACGGGUCCAGUUGGAACUAUUUGUCUGCAUCUACUCUAGAUUUCCCUACGAUAACCCCUACGAUAACGAUAAGGACUUGGUGGUUCGCAUCCCCGUACCGACGAUAGCCGACCGACACUGGGACAUGAUUCGCAGCGAAGCGGCAACACUCGCGUAUAUUGAGAAGAAGCACCCAAGUAUCCCCGUCCCUCGAGUUAUCGCGCACGGCAAAGACGAGCAGCUAACGGACGACUCCACGACGACGCAGUGCUUCUUCAUCAUCACCACCCGCAUCCCCGGAAAGCCGCGCGAUGACGAAAUACUGGAAGGUUUGGAUUUUGAGCAGCGUUUGCGCCUCGCCUCGCAGCUUGCCUCCAAGUUUCCCCAGACCGGGUCGCAGUACCCAGAGCCUGACGGAGUCUCUGAGUAUGUCGGCCGUCACCUCUCCCGCUCGAACAACUACUUCACCGACCGCGAUGGCCUGCCUCGCAAGGAUCAGGAGUCCUGCAACACCGUGCGAGAGUCUGCUUCUCAGCACGUCACCAACCCCAACGAGGUACACCCCGCCGUCCUGCGCAGCUUCAAGCCCGAGGAGCGAGCGCAACUUUCUGAGGAAUUCUUUGCCAAGAUGGGCUCUUUGAUCGUCGUGUCCCUAAGCGAAUCCUUUCAAAGCCCCUUUUGGCAGGAUGAGGGCGGGUUUAUGCUCAGCAAGGGCUCGCUCGAUAUGAACACGGUCAUGAUCAACGGGGACGGCAACCUCAGGGGCCUCACGAACUAG